AGAAAAAGGCUUAAAAAUAGAGAAAGGGGAAAAAAGAAAAAGCAAAGAAAAAGCCAAAGCGCUCUUCAUCAUUUCACCAUCUCCUUAUCAUUUACCUCCCAACUACCCGAAGUCGUCUGUUGAAGUCUGGCGACGAGUCUGUUGGGUGAGAAUGACGACUUGACUCACUCUCCCUCAUCUCCUCAUCUUGCUGCAUUCCAUUCUCAGACCCUCCCUUCUCUCAAUUUCUGUUUUUUUCAGGACAUUGAUUCCAGGGUUGUUUGCUUAUAAGUUUCCUUUUACGAUCUGGCACGCGCUUGAUUCUCAGAUGAAUUCCAAUUCAGAAGAUAGUGCUGGCCCUCUUUCUUCCUGUGUUUUAUGUCUGAGAAUCCUGACAUCUGACAAUGAUGUCAGUGAUGUUGACCAUAUAAAUCUGUGUAGUGAUUGUAAGUUCUUGCUCCUAGAAGAUCUUGAUUCCCCUAUACGAGAUGUGUAUCGGUGGAGGACAUCUGGGUUAAGAAGAACAAGGCAAAACCAGGAUAACAAUUUGGAGCAUGAUGAUCAUUCUUUCGAUGGAGAUGCUAGUGCAAGGUCAUGGCGGCUAACAAGUUCUCGCAGCACUCCCAGUGGACCUAGGAGGUGGAGGCUAAGAAGAACAAGGUAUAAUAGCAGUUCUGAGUCCAUUGAGAAUCUUUUUUCACAACAGUUCUCACAUUUGAUUAAUUUGGCAAGGCAAAACCAGGACAAUAAUUUAGAGCAUGAUGAUCAUUCUGUCAAUGAAAAUGCUAGUACAAGGUCAUGGCAGCAAACAAAUUCCCGCACCACUCCCAAUGGAUCUAGGAGGUGGAGAGUGCCUUCUGAUACUGAAAGUGAUGUAAUUGAUUCUGUCUUUUCAGAGAGUGAAUCAAAUCUCAGCUUCAGUGGCUAUAGGGUUAUGCAUAGUGAAAAUGAAACCGUUUCCUAUAGUGCCUAUGGAGGGAGCUCUACUGCUUCUGUUGAUGGUAGUAGCUUUCUUGGCAUUGGAAAUUCUGCAGAUGAAGGAAGUGAUCUUGACACUGAUACUGAUAUUGACCCCAUGCGUGCUGGUAUGUACCCUUGGGACUCGGAUCAAGAAGAGGAUGACAAUGGAUGGCAAGAGGCUGAUAGCGAGGAAAACACAGUCGGUGUUCUUGGUGAUAGAUCUCUGCAAAGGUCAGUGACUUUGCAUGAGAGCACUUGGGGAAGACUGGGCAUUCUUUCUGCAGAAUUUGAGGGUACAAUUGAUUUGAGAAUUCAGGAGAGGAUUCGAGCACAAAUUGCUGGCAUCUCUAAUGAUCUCGAGGAAUUGGAGCUACAUGCUAAUUUUGUGGAUGCAGACUAUCUAGAUGCCCAAGGGUUUGAUGAAUUGGUCGAGCAUCUUGCUGAAACUGAUGGUUUAAGAAGAGGAGCACCACCUGCAGCAGUCUCCGUUGUAAACAGUUUGCCACGUAUAGUUAUUAAAGAUCACAAGCAGCUUGAUGACUUGGCUUGUGCAGUAUGCAAAGAUUCUCUAUUUGUAGGAACUGUAGUAAACCAACUUCCUUGUUCUCAUGUUUAUCACCCUUCUUGUAUCUUGCCAUGGUUAAGUUCAAGGAACACCUGUCCCCUUUGCCGAUAUGAGCUUCCAACCGAUGAUCAAGAUUACGAGGACAGAAAACUGAGGAAUGGAAAUGAGUUUGCGAUUCGUGAAACUCGGCAGCAUGACAUGAACGAGGGCAGUUCCUUAGAUGCCAUUGAUGAUACUGAAGCAAUGGAACCUCGUGAAUUUGGUCAUGGAAGAACUGAGCAAGGGGAAGUCACGAGUAUGAGUAGAUCCAGCACCCGAACUGCCCGGGGGAGAUGGUUUUUUCUAGCUGCUGCAGCACCCGUUAUUAGUGUUGUUGGUAUUGCCAUUGCGUUGUGGUUGGGCAACCCAUUGACAGAGCAGAGUAGGUCAAGCAUCCUUCGAGCAUUCUGUCCUCACAGACAGCUUUCAAAUCAUCCUCCCCAUUCACCAAGAGUGAACAACCGAGAAAGGAGAUGGUGGUCUCCGUUUUAGCGUCCUCUAUAAUUGCUCAGUUCAUACUCCGAAUUUGAUUACUCCAAGUGACCCAUCUGUUUUAGGCAAAUCCACGAAGUUUGGCCUCCUUUUUCUGCGUGUUGCCCUUUCCACAAAGUCCAGGUAUUAUGUUGUGUUGUGUUAUGUGUUGAUUGCAUAGGCAAAUUUAAGGUAUAAGUGAAGGCAACUGUUUUCGAUUUUCUGACAUGUAUUGAUUUCUGAUCACAUUAAUAACAAUGUCAGCUGGCUAUUUUGGGGAGAAAAAAAUAUACAGACUCUAAAGGGGGUGUUCGGUUGGAUGGAAAA